AUGUUUAGUAAUUCAUGGAACUGUGAAACUUGCAAUUGCUUAUACAAAGAUAAUAAUGAUAUAUUCAUGGACUACAAUUUAAAUGACGAAAAUGUUUUCAAUCAUGAAACACUUUCCAUACCUGAUGAAUUCAUUUCGUAUAAUUUGUUGGAAACAAACGAUUUUUUUAAUGAAGAUCAAGAUGCAGCUUCGAAAGAAAAAUAUAAACUAGAAAAUCUUAACGAUGCUGAUCAAGAAAUUAGUACAAGUCGAACUAUGUUAUUUAACUCGGACAAUAUUGAACUUCCCCUUUCAAUUAUAAAUCUCAUUGACGAUUUUCCAAAUUUACCAACACCACAAUCAUUUUCAAAUUUAUUUCAAGAAGUUUUUCCUACUAUUGAUAUAAGUGAAACGACAACAGAUACAACAGCUGUCGAUGAAAGUACAACAAAAUAUGAUGUCGAUCAGUCACAUCUAGAUGUGGCAUGUACAAAUGAAACAUCACGUCAAUCGCAAGUCACCAUCGUCAUGUUGCCAUUUCAAAUUUCAACAUUAAUCAAUACUCAUUCGUAUCCACCUACAAAUAUGGUCGGUCCAAUUAGUGAACAUGAUCGACCUUAUUCGAAAUAUGGACAUUUAGGUAAGUAA